AUGGCCACUGAAAAGCUUAGAGGAUGUGCAAAGUUCUUUGCAAGCUCAAAACCCUACUUGGCCAUGAUCUCUUUACAGUUUGGCUAUGCUGGCAUGAACAUUAUCACUAAGGUUUCCCUCAACCAAGGUAUGAGCCACUAUGUUCUUGUGGUUUAUCGUCACGCCUUCGCCACUGCUGUCAUAGCUCCUUUUGCAUUUAUCUUUGAAAGGAAAGGUCAACCGAAGAUAACAUUCCCAAUUUUCAUGCAAAUUUUUAUCCUAGCUCUUCUCGGGCCUGUGAUUGAUCAAAAUUUCUACUAUGCUGGGUUGAAGCUCACAUCUCCAACCUUCUCAUGUGCAAUGAGCAACAUGCUUCCAGCUAUGACUUUUGUGAUGGCAGUGUUUUGCCGGAUGGAGAAGAUAAACAUAAAGCAAGUAAGAUGCAUCGCAAAGAUAGUGGGAACAUUAGUGACAGUUGCAGGGGCUAUGCUAAUGACCUUAUACAGAGGUCCUUUAGUUGAGAUGAUUUGGGCCAAACAUCCCCACAAUAAAACCAAUGGAGCAACCACCACAGGAUUAAUGGACAAAGAUUGGUUCUUAGGAUGCAUCUUUCUUAUCAUUGCCACCCUUGCUUGGGCUUCCCUCUUUGUUUUACAAGCAAAAGCUAUACAAACGUACAAGAAUCACCAGCUAAGCCUCACUUCACUUGUGUGCUUUAUGGGAACUAUUCAAGCUAUUGCUGUUACUUUUGUUGUUGAACACAACCCUUCUGUAUGGAGGAUUGGCUGGGAUAUGAACUUACUUGCUGCUGCAUAUGCUGGGAUUGUGACAUCAAGCAUAUCAUACUAUGUACAAGGACUUGUAAUUAAGAAGAAAGGACCUGUUUUUGCAACUGCCUUUAGCCCUUUAAUGAUGAUCAUUGUUGCCAUCAUGGGCUCCUUUAUCCUUGCAGAACAAAUUUAUCUUGGAGGAGUGAUUGGUGCCAUCUUAAUUGUUAUAGGUUUAUACUCAGUUCUAUGGGGAAAGCACAAAGAACAAAUAGAGAGCAAAGUGGCAGAUGAAAUUCCCCUGCCUGUAAAGGAUGCUCAAAUUUCUGUGAUUGCAGGGCUAAAUAUGAUUGAUGGCACCAAUGAUCUUACUGAAGAAAAAUAUGGUCAGAAAGAAGAGUCCAAGCUUUCCUCAGUUGUAAUAACCAUGCCUAUUAGAGAGCCUCCCACAAAAAAUAACCAAGAGGGAAAGGCUUAG